UUCCCCACUCUUAAAUCUUGUUUUUGAUCAUUUUUGAAGCUGAAAUAUUGUUGGGGUUUUCAAGAGGUGACAGAUAAAAGAGUUUGAUUGUGACUUGUGAGAAUUAUUAAUUAAUGGAGGCAGGGGCAGGGGUAAUGGAGGGUGGUGGUGUUGGUGGAAGAGACAGUAGUAGAGUUGGUGUUGGACAUCACAAUAAGAUUGGAUAUGUGAAGAAGGGAAUUAUUAAGAAGAGAAAAUGGAUGCGGAGAAUUAUUAAGCAGGCCGCGACGGUCCCUAUUAUGCCUAUACCACUACAACUACAGCAGCUGUUUGUUUCCUGCCUUGACGUUUUCAAAGGCCCCCCAGCCACCAUUCCUGCUCCCAACGAUGUCCACAAACUUUGCACCAUUCUUGACAAUAUGAAGCCAGAAGAUGUGGGGCUAAGUAGCGAAUUGCAGUUCUUUAAGCCUACAAAUAUGGUCAAAGGGAAUCCAAGGGUCACAUACACAACCAUAUACAAGUGUGACAAUUUUUCGUUGUGCUUAUUCUUUCUGCCCGCAACUGGAGUUAUUCCCCUUCACAACCAUCCAGGAAUGACUGUUUUUAGUAAGCUUCUACUAGGAACAAUGCACAUCAAGUCGUAUGAUUUGGUUGAUCCUACCAAUUUGGAUGGUUCGGUGCCAUCCUCUCAACUGAGAUUGGCAAAGCUGAAAGCGGACAGAGUCUUCGAGGCUCCUUGUGACACUUCAGUAUUAUAUCCAACAACAGGGGGGAAUAUCCAUGCUUUCACUGCUAUAACACCAUGUGCAGUGCUUGAUGUGAUUGGACCUCCCUAUUCCAAAGAAGAUGGUCGGGAUUGCUCCUACUAUAAAGAUCAUCCCUACACUGCCUCAAAUGGAGAGGCGGCUUUGACAACAGAGGACAGUGACAGUUAUGGAUGGUUGGAAGAGAUUGAAAUGCCAGAGAACUCGCAAAUGGAUGGAAUUGAAUACUUAGGGCCGCAGGUUACUGAACCUACGUGUUAGCUAUUCCAUGUAUACAGCCCCCCCUCCGUGUUUUUUAUUGAAAAUUUUCUCUACAGGUUUUUGUUUUCAUUUUCAUAAUCUUGUAUGUUGUUGAAUAUAUCCGGGUUAAUUAUAGACUUCUUUUUGGACUUUUGCUUUAAAGCGAUGUAUAAAAUGAUUCUUUUAGAUAUAUAUCUCAAAUAAGGACACUAUUUUCCUU